AUGUUCCACCACGUCCUCGCCAUCCUCGCCAAGCGCGAGGAUCCGCCGAUGUCACCCAUCACCGACGAGGCCACCGCAGCCGCUGCUUUUGCGUCGCAGCAGAGAUACGUCUUGGGGUGCAUGUUUGCACCUCUGAUCUUCGACAUCCUCCUUCUCGGUGUCUUCCUCAUGCAGGUCUACACCUAUUUCACCUACCAAAAGAACGAUCGCAAAAUCACCAAAGCCGUCGUUCUGACCGUCCUCUUCAUCAACCUCUGCUUCUCCGCCUACCAUACCUGCAAGUUGUCUGCUACCAAGCGGCUCGCAUGGGCGCCCUUCAUCGACUCCCUCAACUCCUUCGUCGUCCAGACAUUCAUGUCCUACCGCGCCUACCGACUGCUGAACAGGGCCAUCUGGAUUCCAAUUGCUGUUACAAUUCUCUGCCUCACCAGUGUCGGGGCUACUCUCUCGGUCUUGAUCAUCUUCUCGGGUCUCAACUCGCUCAUCGACGCUUAUCGUGUGAAGAUUCCCGAGCUGCUCUGGUUGACUUCCGUCAUGUGCGCAGAUCUGAUCAUCACUAUAUCCAUCAUCUACGGCUUGAGCAGGUCUAAGACUGGCUGGGCACAUACCGACAAGACCAUCGGCCGUCUUGUGAGGAUGACCAUCGAAGGUCAGGUCCCUCCCUUCCUUAUCGCCUUGAUCUUCAUGAUCGAGUUCAUCCACGCACCCGACAACCUCCUCGGCGCCACCCUCCAGAACCUGCAGUGCAAGUUCUACGCCGUCGGUAUGAUGUAUUCGAUCAACGCUAGGGUGUCAUUCCAGCAGCAGUUGACGGAUCAGCGGACUGGCGGUGCUGGACAGGUCUUCGCCAUGAACAGCAGGCACAACCCGACUGCUAUCCAAGUAGCUGUAGAGACCGAGACUUACGUUCAGGGCCCAUACAGCAACGCCGGAUACCCCGACCGCAAAGACGAAGGCGACUCGCUCUCGGAUAUCAACGAUCAGAAGGUCGUCGGCUACAGCUCGCAGGCGCAGCUUACCGCCUAG